AUGCCUCUAAGCAUUUUUAACGCAAGAUCCAUUGGCUACAAUAAUCAUGUGAGGAAUCAACACCUACAACGUGUAGUAGGUCAGACUCUGUGGUGCGGAGCAAGUAAUGAUGAUGUUGUCACAUGGGCCGCUGUCCAAGAACCAUUUUCAUUCCACUCUGCUGACGUGGCAUUUUUCAACGGGAGGAACAUGAAAGAAUUUGAUGAAAAUGAAAAAAUUAUCGACAAAUUUUACGAGGAAAGCAUUCUGAAUUUUGUCUAUGGAAAGGAACCGUACAAAGGAUGGUCAUCAUUUAAUCCACGGGCCAGAAAUUAUUUUUCUGUCAAAGCUAAUGUUGACAAAGGUAUACGUCCCAUCGAAAAACUAAACUAUCAUUCUUCUGUUGUUGACUACUGGUUACAUAAUAUUACAUCAUUUGACAGCAGCGUAUUGAAAGGGGUAUACCGCGGCACCACUGGUAUCGCAUUUUGGACUUUAUUUCUAAACGUUCUAUUCUCAUUCGUAGUCAUCUCUCAUCCAUGA